AUGGUGUCGGGAACCCGGCACUACGGGUCUGCUCUCGCCAAGCCCGCAGCUGCUUUGUGCUUUUCGCAGGAUCCUUCGCAAAAAGUCCCCUCCAGGGCUCUUCCGUCCCGUCUUGUCUUCCCACCCCAACGCCAUCCGUCCUGUGAUCUAUCUGGCCCCUCAUCCGCCGCCAUCAUGGGUCGCCUCCCGACCUCUCGGUUCCUGGGCGCAAGAAAGCACACUAGACGGCCCCGACUUCGGUCUCCUGCGCGCUGGUGGUGGUGUGUGUGUGCCUGUUAUUCCACUCUGAUCUCUGCAAGUAUGGACGAGUAG